UCUCAUUCGGUUCACGAACUGUUUUGAAACGCAGUUAAUGCUUCUCGCAUAGGCUGAGCUCGUCUAUAGAAACUGUCGGCAUAAAUUCGGAACGAGCCGCAAUAUCUUGUGUUCUGAAAGUGCUGGAAAAUAACAAUCCGGACAUUCUAUUUCCUUGCCAGGGCUUUUUGAAUUUCGCCAACGACAUUGCUGCGACCAGUCCUUUGGAUGUGCUGUGUUGUUCGCUGUGUUGCGUCAACGAGCCAUCGUCUCCAGCGAUGAGCAGCCAAAGUCAUAAAAUGGCUGGCCCUCAUUCUUCGUCGUCCUCGAGCAAAUCUGGAACCGAAGAGAUCGAACUAACGACUCGAUUCAGCGAACAAAUGGCACAGCUCUGUAUGUCCUACGAUUAUUCCGACGUGACGUUCAUCGUAGAGGACGAAAAACUACCGGCGCAUCGGGUUAUCCUGGCAGCGCGAAGUGAAUACUUCCGGGCGCUGCUCUACGGGGGACUCUCGGAAACCAAUCAAAAUGAGAUUCAUUUGAAGAUACCGUUGAAGGCGUUUAAGGCUUUGUUGAAGUACAUAUAUUCCGGCAACAUGUCGCUCGCCCAGAUGAAAGAGGAGAAUAUUCUCGAUACAUUGGGUUUGGCUAACCAGUACGGAUUUACCGAUUUGGAGUAUGCCAUAUCGGACUAUCUGCGGCAAGUGCUUUCACUGAACAAUGUGUGCGCAAUCCUGGACGCUGCCAAACUCUUCAAUCUCGAGGGACUCAUCAAUGUUUGCCAUUCCUUCUUAGACCGCAACGCGGGAGAGAUUCUUCAGCACGAAACUUUCAAGAAUCUCUCUCAAGAUUCUAUCUGCAGCCUGCUGACUAGAAAUUCGUUUUUUGCCCCAGAAGUACAAAUUUUCCAAGCCGUUUACGAUUGGUGCAAAUGUAACACGGAAACAGCCGCUAAUGUGGAGGCGGUUGUUUCGGAGGUACGAUUUUCACUGAUGACCUUGGAGCAGUUACUCCAUGUCGUACGCCCAUCCGGAAUAUUGGAUCCCGAUCAUCUACUGGAUGCGAUUGCCGAGAAGACCGCUUCUACCAAAUUGCCAUACAGGGGAGCAUUAUGGCCUGAGGAAAAUGUCGCCUGCAACAAGUUCAACUCUCGCACUAUCCAGGGUGAGCUGCGAUCCGCACUAUUGGAUGGUGACACAAUAUCGUACGAUAUGGAGAAAGGAUACACAAGGCAUACCAUUUUUGACACCGGGGAAACGCAAGGAAUCAUCGUUGAGCUGGGCAAAAUGUUCAUCAUCAAUCACAUCAAGAUUCUUCUGUGGGAUCGCGAUAAUCGAUCGUAUUCUUACUACAUUGAAGUGUCGGUCAAUCAAUCGAACUGGGAUCGGGUGGUCGAUCAUACGGAUUACUAUUGUCGCUCUUGGCAGUAUCUGUAUUUCCCAUCGCGAGCCGUUCGUUUCAUUCGCCUAGUUGGAACUCACAAUACUGUGAAUAAAGUAUUCCAUGUGGUGGCUCUCGAGGCAAUGUUUACCGAGAAAACGACACCAGUAUUGAAUGGCAUCGUUGUGCCAAGUAACAAUGUUGCUACUGUGGACCGCAGUGCGUUCGUAGUUGAGGGCGUGAGCCGUACUCGCAAUGUCCUGCUGAACGGAGAUGUGAAAAACUACGAUUGGGACUCGGGAUAUACCUGUCAUCAGCUCGGCAGUGGAGUUAUCUUGGUGCAGCUUGGUCAACCUUACUGGAUCGGAUCGCUGCGAUUGCUUUUGUGGGACUGUGACGAUCGUUCCUACAGUUUCUACAUCGAAACAUCGACCAACUUGAAGCAAUGGGAGAUGGUUGUCGACAGGCGGAAUGAUUUGCUCAAAUCCUGGCAACAUUUCGGGUUCGAUGCAAGGGUAGUGGUUUACAUAAAGAUUGUUGGAACUCACAACACAGCGAAUGAGAUAUUCCAUUGCGUCCACUUCGAGUGUCCCUCGCAGGAUCCAAAGUGUGCGAAUAAUAACGAGGUACGCGAUGGAAUGCUGUCGUUGACUAUGUCGGCAGGCAGUGCUUCUCAGGCUACGACUGGUUCAUUGCUGACUGCGUCCCCUUCGGUUAGCCUGGAAUCGGCCGAACCCCAGACUAAUACCAGCCGAGAGAGCACCGUUUGUACCAGGGAGCUAGUGGAUUAGAAAUCAACUGUAUAAUUGUCGAUUGAUAAGUAUUGCUUUUAACACUUUGGCAUCGAUUGCGAUAGUUAUAAACUGCACAUAUAUAAACAUUUUAUGACCUUCUGAGGAAAAUGUGAAAUGUAUAAAAAAAAUAUUUAUUUAUGCUAUUCGACUAAUAAAUUGGUUAUGUUUUAUUAACAGAGUAAA